UUGUUAAUCAAUAACGCCGGUGUCGUGUCUGGGCGUCAUCUUUUGGACACACCCGAUCAUCUCAUCGAGCGUUCCUUCAACGUCAAUGUGAUGGCUCAUUUCUGGACUACUAAAGCCUUCCUACCAAGGAUGAUUGAGCAACAGCGUGGACAUAUUGCGACAAUCGCCUCUUUGGCCGGACAUGUGGGCAUUACCAAGCUGGUCGACUACUGCGCUAGUAAAUUUGCUGCUGUCGGCUUUGAUGAGGCGCUACGUUUGGAAUUGGAUGUUCUUGGACAUAGCAACAUACAAACCACUUGCAUCUGUCCGUUCUUCAUACAGGCCACCGGCAUGUUCGAUGAUGUCAAUGCCAGAUGGGUACCCACACUAAACCCCAACGAUGUAGCCGAUCGCAUCAUACUGGCGAUCAAGAAGAACGAGAAAAUUACAAUCAUUCCAGGCUACAUCCGGCUGCUGCUCUCCCUUAAAUGGACGUUCCCUUGGGGCUGCGUAGGCGGUCUGUUGCGUCGGCUUGUGCCUGAUGCGGCACCACAUGGCGUUGCACAAAAACCUCCUCCAGCCACGGCCAGCAGCACAAAGCAAACGCAACAACUAUUAAACAACAACAACAGCAUUCCAGCCACCCCACUCGCCCACGCCAGCAGCGCGAUACCCAAGCACACCACCGAACUGUGCACCGAAUUCAGCGAAACGCUGCCGAAGACCGCCUCGUUGCUGGUGCAACGUACUCCGUCGCUGGGCGAGCGCGUACUCUGAGAUUCGCUGCUGUAUUUCGCUUUUAAUUUAUUUUGCGUUUUUGGCGUUGUCAGCUGCUGCUACCAGUAGCCCCCCCCCCCCCCUUCUAGGGCGCCGAGUUAGCGCAAGUGGCCACCAGCAGAGGCAUUCUUUAGAGGAUUUUCGCGCGCCGCGGAACGCGCAACCGUCUAGUGAUAUUACGUUUACUUAGUAUUAUGAUUAAUUUUAAUUUCAAUUUAUAAGCCUCGAUUGGCUUAUUUAGAUACUCGUGCGAACGGUUAUGAGCAGAUAUAUGUACGUAUGUAUGUAUGAAGUUAUGAAGGUAACUAUCGAGCGUAGUAGAACAAUAAUUUAAGAAUGGACGGGUAUUAUUCGUAGUUAGUAUUUAACUCGAAUUCGGAAGUACGCAUUUUAUUGUAAAGUUAAUUUCUUUUUAAUUCCAAUGGGUGUAAGUCUAGCUCAAUAACCUCAAAGUAAGGUAUGUAUGUAGAUACAUGUUUUCAAAUAACCGCUAAUUAUGUCAAAGAAAAUAUAAGAAUCGGAAAAUCA